AUGUCGAAGACUACCAGUGAGGAAGAUGAUUGUCCUACCCCGGACUCGCUGCCCACAACAGCCUCUUCCAUCUCGCUCCACAACCACAUCGAAGUCUCCGAGCAAAUAACAGAAUAUUAUCGAACAAAAAGCCGAAAAGAAAAUUUACGACCACCAGCACUAUUGCUGGCCGCGCAAGAAGAGAGAGCCAAUGUCUAUGCCAUCUUCGGCGGUCAAGGGGUUUCGAGUCCCCUUCAUGAAUUGCAGGAGCUGUAUGCAGAGAAUCAUCACCUCAUCGGAAGUUUAGUUCAACAGUCGUCCUGUCACCUGCAGCGCCUGCUAGAGGAAAAUGCCCGGUUUGCAUCGUACUAUCCCGCAGGAUUGGAUAUCAAGUCAUGGAUUUUGCACCCAGAGGAUCAACCGCCAUCACACGAGCUUAACAGAGCACCAAUCAGUCUUCUGGUGAUUGGUCUUCUCCAGUUGGCCAAUUAUCAAGUAUUGAUUCAUGCUCUCGGUGUCACUCCCGGUCAAAUGUCCACCUUCUUCCGCGGCAUCGGCGGUCAUUCACAGGGUAUCGUUCCCGCCGUGAUGGUGUCUUCUGCACAAGACUGGGAAUCUCUCGACCGUCUUUCCCUCGACGCGCUGUCAAUUCUUUUCUUCAUUGGAUGUCGUGCACAAUCGUGCUUUGAUGUCCCCUCAGUGAGCGUUGAGGCACUCGCAGAAUCGGAGUCUCACGGGGAAGGAGUUCCUUCGUGCAUGCUACGUGUUCACGGGCUAUCUAUCGAUUCGUUGCAUGCCCUCAUUAAUAAGAUAAACUCACAAAUUCCGGAUUCGCAAAAAGUUGAAUUAGCCCUCGUCAACGGGCCACGAAACUUUGUAUUAGGUGGUCCUCCUGCAGCCUUGUAUUCUGUCAACCGUUACUUGCACCGGAUCAAGGCUGCCCCUGGAGUAUCGCAAGCCCGCGUUCCAUCCAGCCAGCGCAAACCAGACGUGGCCACUAGUUAUCUGCCAAUAACCGUCCCGUUCCAUACUUCUCACUUGGCUACUGCCUGUAUGUUGACAUUACACGACCUCCGCAACAUGUAUCUCGCCCGUUCAAACCUUCAAAUAUCAGUCUACGACACUGCCGAUGGCUCCGAUUUGAGUGAUGGCACGGGCCGGGAUCUCAUCCCUGAUCUAGUUCGGAUGAUCAUGAUUCGCCAAUUGGACUGGACCAAAACAGCAGACUUUCCCAAAGCUACACAUCUGGUAGACCUUGGUCCCGGCACCAGCCAAGAUGGGAUCGGCAUGUUGACAGACAAACUCAAACUGGGCUCGGGCGUGCGAACGAUGAUUUUCAGUGCUGGCAAAUCUUCAUCACCUGAAUUCGGUGAUCGGGAAGAGUUACUAAACCAUACCUGUGUUACAUCCGGCUGGGAUUGGGUUGAGCAAUAUGGACCCAAACUCGUUAUUUCCAACGCGCCGAUCAUCGAAACAAAGUUGACCAAACUCCUAGGCUUACCUCCACUUAUGGUCGCUGGAAUGACACCGACAACCUCCUCUUGGGAGUUUGUUGCAGCUACAAUGCGCGCUGGAUACCACAUUGAGCUUGCCACAGGUGGAUUCCACGACGCGGGGACUUUGGAGGCAGCGAUUCGUUCUGUUGUUGAGAAUAUCCCCCCGGGGCGUGGUAUCACAUGCAAUGUCAUCUACGCGAAUCAACGGGCUUUGAAAUGGCAGCUAGCCGUCAUCAAAAAGAUGCAAGCUCAGCAUUAUCCUAUUGAAGGCCUCACCAUUGGCGCGGGAAUCCCAUCCCCCGACGUUGCAUGCUCUUAUAUCCGGGAUUUGGGAGUGAAACAUAUCUCGUUCAAGCCUGGGUCAGUACAGGCCGUGAAAGAGGUGGUCAACAUUGCCAAGCUAAACCCCGACUUUCCCAUCAUACUACAAUGGACUGGUGGCCGAGCAGGUGGUCACCACUCGUUCGAGGAUUUUCACGAGCCAAUACUCCAGACAUACCAUCGUAUUCGAUCGUGUUCAAACAUUAUUCUCGUGGCAGGUAGUGGAUUCGGAGACGCUAACGAGUCAUAUCCUUACCUGACUGGCGAGUGGUCCACCGGUUUCGGCUUCGCACCCAUGCCAUUCGACGGCAUCCUGCUGGGCAGCAGAGUCAUGGUAGCUCGAGAAACGCGCACGAGUGAAGAUGCAAAGUCCUUAAUUGUUGAGGCAUCUGGUACCCCAAAUCACGAAUGGGAGCAAACUUAUGAUCGACCCGCUGGCGGUAUCGUGACAGUCAUCUCGGAAAUGGGAGAGCCAAUCCACAAAAUCGCGACACGAGCAGUGCAGUUUUGGUCAGAACUUGAUAAGACAAUUUUCUGUCUUGACAAAGCCAAGCAAGUGAAAGUACUUGCGAAGAACAGAAUGAGCAUUAUAAACCGCUUGAAUUCAGACUACUCCAAGGUCUGGUUCGGUCAGACGACUUCUGACAAAAUAGUCGAUAUAGAAGAUAUGACCUACGAGGAGGUGGUGUCCCGGUUUAUUGAUCUAACCUACCUCAAGGACCGGGGGAGGUGGAUCCAUCCAUCCUACUGCGACUUGUUGCUGGAGUUUCUCAUUCAUCUGGAAUCUCGCUGGAUAGCGUCCUCAAGCGCAAAGACUAGGAUAUUUCGAGCAAGGAGUGACGAUACUAUUGAUCCUACUGGUUUCUUACAAUCUCUGCAUGACCGCUAUUCUCAGAACUUGAAACAACUCAUCAGCAAACAAGAUGAGGGCCUGUUCACAGCAAUGUGCAGAAAAAGCGGGCGGAAGCCAGUUCCAUUUAUCACUGCCCUGGAUGACAAGUUUGAGUACUAUUUUAAAAAAGACUCGCUUUGGCAGUCCGAGGAUCUCGCGUGUGUUUACGACCAGGACGUCCAACGAACAUGCAUCUUGCAUGGCCCAGUGGCAGCCAAAUUCUCAGACCGGUCAGAUCAGUCAAUCUGUGAAAUCUUGGGUGAGAUUCACCGAGGGUAUAUUGGGAGUCUUGAGCGAUCUGGACCGGUACGCCUGGAGCCCUCCGACGCUCAAAAUCGACCCGCUGAUGCGCAGCUGAGAGCUCAAUCGAUCCAAAUCGAAGGAAAGUAUCUCAACAAUGAGCAGUUGUGGUAUCAGAGAAUCACUCAGGGAAGGUCCACACAUUGCAGGGUCGCCUUGGUUGCUCAAACAGUGACCAGAGAACGGAAAAUCUUCAGUAACCCAAUAAAGUCACUGUUCAAACCUCGUGAAGGAAUAUGGAUCAACGUGGAAGAAAAUUCAUCGGGCGCAGAAGUUCUUUCUAUCUACGAAGGAACCGAGACCAGCGAGGGGAGGAAGGUUACGGAGCUUCAAGUCUCUCCAGAUGGCCUGAUCGAUCUCGAAAUUAUCAAUUACGAGACAGCACAUGGUCAGCCAGCCUCGUUGAAAUUGCAGUUUGGUCCUGGGAGUGCACUGUAUCCCUUGAUGGAUCUUACAUCAAAUUUGAAUGAACAGGUGAAGGAACUCUAUCACCGUAUCUGGUUUGGCGACGAGCCGACCAUAUCUAGGCCAUUCGAAAUCGCCUCUGAAUUUGAUGGAGGGAAAUUUAAUGUUUCGACAGAGAGCCUCCGCCUCUUUGCCACCAGCAUUGGAAAUAUGAGUCAAAUUCAACGCACGAAAUCGCGGAGAAUUGCCCCAUUGGACUAUGCUGUUGUGAUCGCGUGGAAGGCAUUGAUCAAGCCAUUGUUUGUCCUGGAUGCGAAUUUGCUACGUCUCAUUCACCUACAGAACUCGUUUGAAUGGGUACAAGAAGCAUCUUGUAUACAGGAGAACGAUGUUGUUUCAACGACGUCACGCCUCUCAUCUGUUAUCCCGCAAGAAUCAGGUACUCUGGUGGAGGUAAAGGCUAGCAUCAAUCGGGAGGGCCUACCCGUCGUCCAUAUCACCAGUCAGUUCUUGUUGCGCGACGCUGCGAAUAUUCAUCCUCAUAUCACUUCAUUCAAGGAUGUCGAUGAGAAAUCUUGGGAGGUGGUGCUUGACACUGCCAACGCAGUUGCGAUCCUUGAAUCCAAGCCGUGGUUCAAGCCCCAUGAAGUUCAUGUGAACCUGCUUGGGAAAAUUAUCAUUUUCCACCCACGAUCAAGAUAUUUCUACUGCCCGACGGGUGACGUGAACCGGAUCGAAGUGUCGGGAACUGUCCACGUACUGAGCAGUCGUCAGGAAAUAGAAAAAGAGGUCGGCACCAUCUGUUGGCAGUCUACCGUGUCGACCAAUAUUGUGACAGGGUACCUCAAUCGCCAUGGUCACCCUUCAACAACCCGGGUUCUCUUCGACACCCCUCUCGAUUUGCAGGUUGUUCCGGAUACAUUGAUCUCACCUGCAGACAACACCCUGUAUGCCCGGGCCUCCGGUGACUUGAAUCCAAUUCACAUUUCCAAGUCUAUGGCCGCCUAUGCAGAGCUGCCAGGCACCAUAGCACAUGGCAUGCACACGAGUGCAAGAGUCCGAGGGCUGCUCAGCAACCACAUGUGUCGGAAUGAUGAAUCGCUUUUCCACAGUUUCAAGGUGGCUUUCACCGGGAUGGUUCUGGCGAAUGAACCACUCCAAUUGGAUGUCCAGCAUAUUGGCAUGCUUGAGGGGCGUCGGAUCAUCCAAUUUACCGCGCGGGACAAAAGUGGACAUACUGUCGUCAAAGGAGAAGCGGAAAUGCGAAAUGCUCCUACCGCUAUACUUUUCACGGGCCAGGGUAGCCAGCAGAAGGGGAUGGGGAUGGAUCUUUACCAAUCAAGUGUGGUUUCCAGAAAGUUGUGGGACCGAGCAGACACUUAUUUCCUCAAGACAUACGGUUUCCGCAUUUCUGAGAUCGUUAUCAAAAACCCCAAAAGUCUAACUGUUCGCUUUGGUGGCAUUCUAGGACGCAAAUUGCGGGAUAAUUACAGGUCACUUCAAUACCUAGCGCCGAAAGCUCCGGGGGAGUUGAAGUUGAAAGCAACACAAAUAUUCCCUGAAAUCGACCAUACGACAACUUCUUAUACAUUCAGAUCGGAUACCGGGUUGCUAUCUGCCACACAGUUCACGCAACCGGCUCUUACUCUGAUGGAGCUAGCUAUCUACGAGGAUCUCAAAUCUCGCGGGGUACUUUCUCCCACAGCAACUUUUGCUGGUCAUUCUCUUGGAGAGUACGCGGCCAUUGCAGCAUUCGGAAAAUUGGUGCCCCUUGAGACAUUGAUGGCGAUUGCCUUUUAUCGCGGGCUUUCUAUGCAAAUUGCCGUUCAACGCGAUUCCGCAGGCCGGUCGGCGUUUGCCAUGUGUGCGCUGAAUCCGUCCAAACUCUCCCCAGCCAUGGAUGGAGAUCAAGUGGAACUCAUUGUGAAAACCAUAUCCGAGGAAACUGGUAGGCUGAUUGAAAUUGUUAAUUACAAUGUUCAAGGUCAACAAUAUGUCUGCGCUGGUGAUGUUCGCGCUCUUCUUUGUCUCACCAAACUUCUAGACUCGCUGUUCCAGCAGGUCCCUAAAUUCAAGAUCGGCCACGGCAAAUCAUCACUCAUUGAAGUUAUCCAACAGGCCAUGGCCCGAAUUUUGCCAUCUAUUCCGAAUUCUACCCUCAGUGCCGAGGACCUUCCCCGUGGCAAAGCUACGACACCACUUGCUGGAAUAGACGUUCCCUUCCAUUCUAGUUUCAUGAAGGAUGGUAUUCCAGCGUUCCGCCAAUUUUUGUAUUCCCACAUUGCAUGCAACUAUGUGGAUCCACAGAGGCUGAUCCGUCGAUAUGUGCCGAAUUUAACUGCGAGGCUGUUUGAUAUCGACAAGGACUACUUCGAAGUGACAAAUUCCUUGACAGGAUCUCCUGUCCUGACAAAGGUGCUUAAUCAGUGGGACGAAAUUCACGCCGAAACGGAAGAUCCGGCUCGUAUUGUGCGGUUGUUAAGAGGAUUGCAAGAGAAAGUGAUGUGA